GCCGGCCGAACGGCGCGCAGACGUGUGUACAAACUCUUUGGUGAGCGACGCCAUUGCUGGGAAAACGCGGGAAAGUUUGACAGUUAAGUUUUCGUACGAGAAUAAAGGACGCCAUGUUUGUUUUGAAGACCCUCCUCUUCACAACGGUGCUCGCCUGCACGUUCGCCCAAGGCCCGCAAGGUCCCACGACGACCCCCGUGCCAAUUCUGAAGCAGAUCAACCGCCAGAAUGACGACGGCUCAUACAGCUACGGCUAUGAAGCCGCUGACGGAUCAUUUAAGAUUGAGACGAAGUAUCCCAAUGGAGACGUGGCGGGGAAGUAUGGGUAUGUGGACGAGGGGGGCAAGUUGAGGGAGAUCUCCUACGGGGCGAGCAGCAAGAGAGGGUUCGAGCCGCAAGGAGCUGGUAUCAUGGUACCACCGCCCACACUGAACGACAACCCCACCAACGCGCUGACCGACGGCCAGGAAGACGACGGCCAAUACAGAGAAGACCCUAAGAUCUACGAGGACCCCAAAUACAACGGCAAGGCUUCGUCACGCCCCUCAGGAGCUUUCAGGCAGUUCCUCCGCCCUUCGCAGCCUCAGGAGCCACAAUACCAAGCCCAGAAUCAAUACCAGAUUGAAUCCCCAAGACCGCGACCUCAAUAUCAACAGCAGUAUCAACCUCAACCUUCGCAAUUCAGGUCUUCUCCGGUCUUCUCGCAGCAGACCAGUCUUUUCAGCCAGCCUCAGAGCAACCUCUUCAACCAAGCCCCUCAACAGUUCAACCAGGAAUACAGGCCGCAGAGUCAAGUCUACCACCAGCAACCGCAGUUCUCCUUCCAAACGUACACUCCUCAAUUGAACCAGUAUCAGAACCAGAAUUAUCAGAAUCAAAAUUAUCAAUACCAGGACCCUCAGAACUUCAACCCGUUUACCGGCCACCCAGCCCAAAACUUCGACCCUAACACUGGUUCCUACUCCAUCAACUUCACCGGUUAAGCAACCACGUGUUAUAGACAUAGGCAAAGGAAUUGUACAAAUAAUUCUAUUAUAUUUUGUAAGGGUUUUUUCAUUCCCAAAGCGACUCGAACGAGGUUUUUAUACGAAUUUUGUAUUUUUGUUAGUGCUAGUCAGUGUUUUUGGAGUUGUUUUGUAAAAUUAUAAGGAAUAUGGCUUUAACUUUAUUUUCCUUCGUGACUAACUCGUGGUAUUUAAGGAACGCAUGUGUUUUAUUACAAGUACAAAUGUAUUAUUGUUGUAAGAACGAUUUAUUUACUUACUUGUAUAUUUUUCUUCGUAUUAUUUUUGUGUAUUUAAAAAAUAUUCUGUCGUAAAUUACUUACUUAUCUAUCUAUUUAUUAAACUUAAAAAUAAUUACAUUAUAAAUAUACGUCCAAAUUAUUAAAUUAAUUACCACUAUCUCUACAUUCGUAAAUGUUUUCUGUCAUGUAAUGUUUAUUAUGUUGUCAUAUAUCUAUCCUUAUCUAUAGUUACAAAAUAUAGUAUAGCUACAAUAUACAACACACCAAUUAUCCCUAAGCGUACAAACAUUAUGCAAUAAUGGGUAAGUACUUUAUCACCGAUCAGCAUUCAAUAUGUCGAAUGUUACAAAAUGGCCGCCAUCGACAUGCGACGUGCUCGGACUGUAAAUAAACUAUUAAAUAUGCUGUUACGUAAAUAUUGACAA